AUGGUCCCAUUCAACUUGGGAAAUCUUGACAGUUUUGGAAAAAAACCUAUAAUUGAGCGUGUAAUUGAUUUAGCCAAGCUCUACCUUUUUCAGGAUGAGCGUACUCAAGAAGCAGCUGCUUUCCUUCUUGCGCAUACUGUUACCCGACCAGAUGCACUUCAUGCCCAGCUACCAUCAGUAAUUUCGUUUGCAAUUAAAAAUCUAGGCUUUACUGAUGUUAUCAACGUACAAGACGAAAAGCGAGUAUGCGGCACCCUCAGAAGUAUAGCUAAUAUAUGUAAACUCGGAAGCCGCGCUGAAUUGUUACCUUAUGCGAGUGAUCUUUUGGGUGCAGUACUUCAGUUGCCUGGAGAUUCUUCUAAGGGGAUUCUUUUAUGUCGUCUUGAAACGAAAGUUUUACAACGAAUUUGUUUGUUAUUUUGCCCACCAAUAAAUACAACAUGGCAGUAUCAACGAGGAUGUCGAUCACUACAAGACAACUUAGAAUCUCUUUUGAUGAAUCAUGACAACAAAGAUUCUUUAGUCUCUGCAAAAGUUGCUGAUCAUUCGUUAUACACAGGUUUUCAAAAUAAUAUCUCAAGUGAUAUUUCUGGGGAUUGUUCAUUAACUAUGAACUAUGAAUUGUCCAACACAGACGAAGUUGCAGAAGUUAUUGAUAAACUAAUAAGCGCUUUACGCAGUCAAUUUACUGGGGUUCGUUGGUCUGCUGCCAAAGGGAUCGGACGUAUUUGUUCUCGUCUUUCCAGUUCAAUGGUAAAUGAUGUUCUAUCGGCUGUAUUGUCCUUGUGUACGAAACUCGAACCAUAUACUGCAUGGCAUGGAGCUUGUCUUGCUUUGGCUGAACUUGGCCGUCGCAGUCUUCUUUUACCAUCUAAAUUACCAGAAGUAAUCCCAGUAGUUUUACGAGCUCUGUUUUAUGAUGAGCGGUCUGGUGAUCAUAAUUAUGGAUCAAAUGUUCGAGAUGCUGGGUGUUAUGUGUGUUGGGCAUUCGCAAGGGCAUAUCAUCCUAAGGAUUUCGUGGAUUAUGUCGUUCCUAUUGCAAGCUCUCUAGUCUUGGUUAGCCUAUUCGACCGAGAGGUUAGUGUACGUCGAGCAGCGUCUGCUGCAUUUCAAGAGAACGUGGGUAGGCAGGGUCAUUUUCCACAUGGAAUUGAAGUCCUCACUACAUGUGAUUAUUUCAGUGUGGGAAAUCGUGCUCACUGUUACCUUCAGUUGAGUGUGUCUGUAGCUAAAUUUAAAGAAUAUGUAGAACCUAUGAUUGGUCAUUUGGUCAAUGUUCGUCUUGGACAUUGGGAUGAUUCAAUCAGAUAUCUGGCUGCUUGUGCUUUAGGCAAACUAUACAUAGCUGAUCCUGAUUACAUGAUGGAAGUUGUCUUGCCUCAGAUCAUCAAUGGUUCAAUUAAAUCUACUCUACACAAUCAACAAGGGUGUAUAUUUGGAACAGGUGAAUUGUUAUGUGCAUCAUCCAGUUAUGUUAUAAAUGAGGAAAAUCUACUCAAGAUUAAGGAAAUUGUUCCAGCACUUAAAAGAGCGAACAAAUUUCGUGGUCUAAGUGGUGAAUUAAUUCGAAAAGCAACUGCUCAUUUUAUUCAGAAGUGUGCAAUGGCCAGAUUACCGUUUCAUGAUGAUCCAAUUAUUGAAGUUUGGCGUGAAUUCUUGGAUGAUUGUGUCGGACAUAAAAAUCCUGAAGUACAGAAAGCUACUGUGAAUGCAUAUCCCCACUUUUUAUCAACUUAUUUGUACAACCGAAAUGGUGAACUGAAAUUAGGCUAUAAAGAUUUAUUGUACAGGAAUUUUUUACUUCAUUUAAAUACUAAUUCUGAAUCGGAACUUUCCGGUUAUUUACAAAUUAUUGGUGCAGCUCCGAGUAGUUUGUAUUGUGGACAUGUUGCUGACUUACUGGAUACUGUCACUAGUGCUUGUAAAUCGACUUCAAAGACAAAAUUCUGGGUUGAUUCUCGCGGAUCCGCAUUAAAAGCUCUUGUUCAGAUCAUAAAAAGUCUUGGGGCUCAUCACUCGGAAUUAAAUGUUACCCUUUUGAAAUCUACUUGUUAUAUUUUACUCCAAUCUAUAUCCGAUUAUACAAUGGAUUCACGUGGGGAUGUAGGUUCUCUUGUUCGCGAAGUUGGAAUGAAAUGUUUGGACUCAUAUAUUGAGUUUCUUGUAAAUAAUCAAUACAAAGAUCUAAUUACAUCAGACAUGAUUGAAGAAGUGAUGACUAGCAUUGCACAACAAGCUGUUGAAAAAAUCGAUCGGACGCGAGAUGUAGCUGGUCAAGUGUUCGCUCAUUUACUCCAUCAUGAUCCUCCUAUCGAACACAUUCCUCAUUUUGAAGAACUGAAACAAAUUUUCCCAAAAUCUGAUUGUAAUGAUAUGAUAUGGAAUUCGGCCAAUUCAACAUUUCAUCGUUUUACGAAAUUUGUCGGUGGUCUGACAGAAUUAACAAUUCGGUGUAGCACUUCAGCUUUAAGUGCAUAUUUUCUUGAUCAUGAAUCAGAUCAGCUGUUUAUUGUGGAAGUGUUAAAGAUUGUUGAACAGAUUCUGCAAUCGUUUCGACAAGAAGAGAGGAUUGUUAUUCCUCUUUUUAAAUUUUUGGAUUUUUUACUGAAUGAUCCGAUUGUCAACUCAACAGUUGAUCCAAACAGUCCAAUUCUUUUACAAUUAACGGAAAGUGUAUGGAAUGAAACCAAACUAAAUAAAGAUGUACAACGUAUUAAAGCUGCUAUCGAUGUAUUUGGUGGGAUGUUACAAUUCACUGGGCCUGUUCGAAAGCGAUCUCUAUCGUUAAUGAUGGUCAUGUUGGGAUCUCGUUACCCAAUUAUUCGUAAGACAACCGCAACAGAAUUGUAUGAAGGUUUACUGGUUUAUGAGUUAUGUUCAUCUGAGUUAUUAGAUCAAGUAUCAUCCAUACUUACUGAAACCAUCUGGGAAGGUGAUAUUGAAGUAGUCAGACCAAUUCGUAAUCAACUUUGUGAAUUAUUUCAAGUUCCUGUACCAAGAAUAGCGAGUAACACUCAGAACCAUACAUCACCAGCUUGA